AUGUCUGAAGCACAUGAAGAGUCGAAAGCAUACGAGCUUUCAUGGCGGGCCUCAGGGCUGACGGCCGCCGGCGAAACGCAACAAUCAUGUGAAAUCAACCGCGUCACCGGCACCUUCUCAUCGGGCCCAGAAUCCACCCUGAUCUUGAUGGGUGGCGCCAGACCCGGAGCCAUCGUCGGGAAAAUUGACAGGUCCAUGAUCCAGAAGGUCAAGAUGAACUUCCCGUCACGCAGCGUCGAGGCUGCGUACCGCGCCCCCGACGGCUACUUCGUCUCGCACGGUGGCCUGGGCCGCGUCGAGUGGAAUGUGACGGGCAUGAGCGGAGACCAUGCUACGUGGAGGCUUUCCGAUGCGGGCGGGAGGGCCCUGUCGAUCUCCAAGUUGCACGCGUCGGGCCAGAUGGGGGCGAUCGAGAUCAUCAGGAUGGAUUUGCCUCGGAACUGUUGGACGAGGUUGUUGGUAUUACAGAUCAUUUAG